CCGAUUCAUUUGAAUAUGGCUGCGUAUACUUCCAUCAAUUUAGCUUGGGAUGAAGUCACAAAAUGUCUCUCAAACAUCACUUUCCAUACGGAUGAUGAUGAUGAUGGGAGGGAUGCAAGGUUCAAACCGGCGAUGGAGUUCCUGCAGGACCAAGGAUUAGAGACCCUUGUUACGGAAUGGUUCAUGGAGACCUUCCAGCAAGAUCUACAGAGCAGGAUUGCGCCAAACUUCUGGUCAACCUUCAAGAUUGAUGACACUUCGUCCACAACGCUCUGCCUGGAUUGCCUCACCCGUGGAAUAAACAUUCUCCACUCCUCUCUCAUCCCAUACACCAACAGUCUCAAUCUGCUUACUGGUUACCUUUCCAUUGAGGGUCAGGAUCUCAAAGAGCGCUUCGAUGUUCUCGUGAAGGCACUUCUUUUCUAUCGCACUCCAAUGCACUUUUCUGAAGUUGUGAAAACUGUAUACUCAUCCGUCUUCAAGGCGUUUAGUGACAGUGAUGUCAAGAAUGAACGAAUCAGAACGAGCGAUGAUAGUGAGAUGGAUAUGGAUGAGAGUACAGAUAUUGAGAAGGAUGAUGAUGAGGAGGAGCUGGAGGAGGGAAGAGACUCGGAACACACAUUGGCACCUUCUCACUCUGAUACCCUAUCAGCUUUUCAUCAGAUAAAUGCACAGUUGUAUUCCUUAGGGUUGCUUGAGAGAGUUUGCGGUGAACCUGUUACCUCUAUCAUUCACCAGAAGAUCAAACAUCAUGUGGACCAGCAAUGUGCCGGAGAGUUUGAGACAUCUUUCAUUUCUUUGCUAGAAAGUUGGUUAGACAAUAAAGUGAUGGGAUGGUUACAUCUCGUUUUCUUUGGCAAGAAUGCAGAGCGCCCCCAAAGCCCUGUAUUGUCACAGUCCCUUCAACAAUGGAAGGAGAGGCUUCAGUACUACUUGUAUCAGACGUUAGCUGAACUGAGAAUUCAGGAGCUCUUUAAUAUCAUUGUGGAAUUCCCGGAUUCAAUGAGUGCUUUGAAUGACCUUAAGAGUUGUCUAGAGAAGACCGACUUGAGAAAAAAACUGGUCCAGUCUCUACGAAGUGCCUUCGAGAACAGGCUUCUACAUCCGGGUGUGAACACAACUGAUAUCUUAACCCAGUACAUAUCAUCCAUAAGAGCAUUGAGAGUGCUUGAUCCCUCCGGCAUCGUUCUGGAACUUGUGUGUGAACCCAUACGCAAGUACCUCAGGACAAGAGAGGACACAGUUAGAUGUAUAGUGUCCAGUCUGACGGAUGAUAACUCUAAUGAGUUAGCAGACGAACUGGUUAAAGCUCAGCCGGUCAAUGUAGAAGAUGGAGCUUCAACAGGGACAGAGGAAGCUAAUCCUUAUGACUGGCAACCAGAUCCUAUUGAUGCUGACCCAAGUCAAACAUCCAAAAGCAGAAGAACGUCGGACAUAAUCAGCACGUUGGUCAACAUCUAUGGAAGCCGUGAGCUAUUUGUCAAUGAGUAUCGCAACCUGCUCGCUGAUCGUAUCCUCUCGAGCUUCAGCUACGAUACGGCGAGGGAGCUACGUAACCUGGAGCUUCUAAAGCUCCGAUUUGGCGAGUCACAGCUCCACCAAUGUGAGGUUAUGCUGAAAGAUGUGGCCGACUCUAAGAGGUGUAAUGCCCACGUUUUGAGUGAGAAGGAGAAGAGAAGGAAAGAGGAGGAGAAAAGGAAGGAGCAGGAGGAGAAGAGAGCAGCAGAAGGGGGAGAAGAAGGAGCAGAAGUGGAUGGAGAAGAAGGAGCCAUAAGGUUAGGAGCAGUUACAGGAGGUGGGGUUGAGAGAGAUAAAGAGAAGGAGGAGAACGGUGGAGAACAAUCAGAGGAUGCGGUUGAUGGAGGAGAGGAUAAGGAGAAUGAAGAAGUUAAUGCUCCAACUCUUCCUAGUCCUGAUGAGAUGGAUUUCAACACCAUGAUUCUGUCUGCUCAAUUUUGGCCAAAUUUGAAAGAAGAGAAGCUUGAAGUUCCUCAAGAUAUCAAACAGUGGAUGGAAACAUACACUAAGUCAUAUGAGGUACUGAAGGGAAUGAGAACAUUGAACUGGAAGACGAAUCUAGGACAAGUAACUCUUGACAUUGAGCUAAGAGAUAGGACAGUGACCCUGACCGUAUCUCCAAUACAGGCUACUAUCAUUAUGCACUUUCAAGAUAAAGAGAGAUGGACAAUCCAGGAACUCAGUGAGAAAAUGCAGGUGCCGGGGGGCGCUGUUCGUCGAAAGAUAGCCUAUUGGCAGAGCCAAGGUCUACUGAAGGAGGAGUCACAUGACACCUUUGUUUUGGUUGAAGAAAAAGAAGGCGCCGUCCAAAAUCAAGAGAUGGUGAUGAUUGAUAGCGAUGAGGAGGCGGAGUCUGCGACUGCAUCGGUUGAAGACCAGAAGGAGGAGAAUCUGCAGAUGUACUGGUCUUUCAUCACUGGUAUGUUGAUGAAUCUGGAGAGCUUACCGUUGGAGCGAAUCCAUUCCAUGUUGAAGAUGUUUGCCAUCCAGGGACCUUCUGCAGCUGAAUUCACAGAAAACGAGCUUCGACAUCUCCUGGAGACCAAGGUCAGAGAACAACAGCUUGUUUAUUCUGCAGGGACCUAUCGACUUCCUCAACAAAGAUAGUACUAACUUCUAUAAGACUCAUAACGUUUGCAAUCCAGAGACCUUUUACAGUGGUAGUGGAGUUCACAAAAAAAAACAAGCACUGGCAACUUGUUGACUCCAAGGUCUUGGAACUGCAGCAUGUUUGCUCUUUAUGGACCUGUUACCUUCCUCGAGAAAUCUAGAACUAGUUUCUUCAUGAUUUUGAAGAUAUUUUGCAAUCCAGGUUCCUUUCCAUGACAACAGAGAUCACUGAUUAAAAGCUCUCCAACAUCUUGUAGAGACCAGCAUAAGUGAAUUAUGGGACUUAUGGCCUCUUUAACAAAUGUAGAAUCAAUAGUAGUAUGCCAUGUUUAUGAUCUAGAGUUCACAGAAAUUAGCUUGUAAAGCCUCUAGAUAAUGAGACCUGUAACACAACAGUUAGCGAUUAAAAUGGCCUAUCAAGAUCAUCGUUGCAUGCACAUUUUGCUCAGUAGACCGACUAGGAACCAAUCAGAAUUGUUCUUUCAAAUUUAUAGCGAUUAAUUUCUAACCUUUGUGCUACGUGGCCUGGGUCCAGAGUACUCUGUAGUAGCUUAUUUCUCUUUCUUGGACCUACUGAUCUUCACAACGAAGGCAUACCUAGUUUCUGAUGAUGUGCUAUAUCCAGGGUACUUCCUCUGUGGACAUCCAUAUGUAACCCUCGCCCUAAAACCCACAAUAAGUCACCAAAAAUAGCUUAAGCAUAAUUGAUGAAUAAUAACCCAUAUAACAAUUUGAUUCUUUGUUUAAUAUUUUGGUAAGAGUUUAAAAGAAUACCGGUAAGUAGAACAAUAUUUUGAAGUUUGGUGUUAACCUAACAUGACAUGUGUAUGCUGUGCAAACUGGUUUAAACCUCCAACAGUCUGAAAGAAGAAAAAGUAUAAAAGAAACCCUUAUAUCUUUCUUUUUGUCAAUCUUUACAACUACACCAUGGCGUGUUUACCUUAAGCAAGAACUUUACCUACACUGUGCUGCACUUAACCCAGGUGAGGUGGACGUGUACCUGGUAGGAUUCCUUGAAAUGUAGUAGCUGCUCUGCUAAAGCUGGGUAAUUAUGUUGCAUUACUGUAGAGUGCUUACAGGCUUCAGAUAAGGUACAUGUAAGUGUUAGUGCUGUAUAUGCAAGUAUAAUACACCCUAUGGCCCGUAUUCUGUAGUCGGGUUUAACUUAAACUCAGGUUUAAAGUUGUGGUUAAGUAUGGAUAGCCAA